CGGUAACUUUAGAUGGUAAAAGUGUUAUACCAGAAAGUAACUCGUAUUUAAGAACAAAUCGAGAUGUGCAAUGGUAAGAAUGUUGAUGCCCAUCUUACCAUCUAUCAAAAAGCAUUUUUAUUGUCAUUGUUCUAGGACGGAUACCAAAUAUCCGAAUUCUGUUGAUGGAAGACAUGUGGCUGUCCAUUUAUUUGAGUGGAAAUGGACUGAUAUUGCCGCCGAAUGUGAACGAUUUUUAGCACCUAAUGGAUAUUCGGGUGUUCAAGUGAGUCCGCCAAAUGAACAUGCUCAUUUACCCGGUCGUCCGUGGUACGAACGUUAUCAACCCGUUAGUUAUAAAUUAAAUAGUAGAAGUGGAACAGAAGAACAAUUUAUUAACAUGGUCAAUCGAUGCAAUACUGUAGGAGUAAGGUAUAAGUACAUAGUUGAUUGACGCUUUAUAAUAAGCGCGACAGAUAAAAAACCAGUAAUAAUAAAGUGCAUAGUUGUUGAUGACAGUUGAUUAACUAAGCUACUUUUAGAAUUUAUGCUGAUGCAGUCAUCAAUCAUAUGGCUUUUGGUGGAUGCACGGGCAUCGGAGGAACUUGUUAUUCAUCUGGUGGUAAGUUUGAAAGUUGAUCUCUCUCUCUCUCUCUCUCUCUCUCUCUCUCUUUCUCAUCUUACCAAAUACCAAUUCAUGACAUUUAAAUUCAGAUUCAGGUUUUGCUCCAUGGAAUGAAUCGUAUCCAGGAGUUCCUUACUCUCACCUUGGUAAUAGGCAAUAUCUUACCAUCGAAUAGAUUUUCACCAUAUAUACUAGGUAACAGAAAACAUAAUUGAGAUUCUAUACUGUUCCCAAAAUCAACCGCUUACUCUGCUCUCAAAUUU